UCCUAAAUGCGGGAUCCAAACAUCACUUUCAGUGCAUCAUUUAUUUACAUACAUCUGCGUUUUAAGUUACUAGUGGAGGAAUUAUUGUAUGCACAGGUGUUUUCCAUUUCCUGUUCAAGAAGGCCUAUGAUGUGUAUAAAGCUACUUGGAAGUUCUUUGUAUGUAAAUAGGGUGUAAAAAGGCCCUCCCCAUCUUUGUAAUUAAUUGACACGUUAUACCACUCAUCAUGUUCUGAAGCACCAAUAGUAUAGGCUAGGAUCUCCCCAAAACCCACAAUUUCACAUCGGCAAACACUGUCUUCAUCCACUUGACUCCCAAGACCCGCCCACACGUGGCCAACCUUUUUCGUUUUUAAUGCUUUUUCACUGCAGGUUCAUGUGUUGAGACCAACCUUAUAUGGACUGAUCAUUCUGAGGAUUGCCAAACUGGUGCAGCAACUUUACUGCAUCAAAUGCCCCAAAACAUGUCGUUGACCAACACAAAGACGGGCUUUUCAGUAAAGGACAUUUUGGACCUCCCUGAUACUAACGAUGAAGAAGGAUCUAUCACGGGGACUGAGGAAGAUACGGAAGGUUCUGAGGCGACUAAAACGCCUGGAGUGCUAGUGCAAAGUCCUUUAGAGAAUGUUCAAAACCUGCCUUUAAAGAAUCCGUUUUAUGAUAAUAGCGACAAUCCUUAUACUAGAUGGCUCGCAACUACGGACAGCAUCCAAUACUCAUUACACGGCCUAUCCGCAAACUCUCAAGACUCAUCUGCAAAAUCCCCGGAACCUUCAGCUGACGAAUCGCCGGACAACGACAAGGAAACUUCGAGCAACGGCAGCGACUCCGGUAAGAAGCGCAAAAGGAGGGUGCUCUUUUCCAAGGCACAAACUUACGAACUCGAGCGCCGGUUUAGACAACAGAGAUAUCUGUCAGCCCCGGAGAGGGAGCAUCUCGCCAGUUUGAUCCGCCUGACUCCAACCCAAGUGAAAAUCUGGUUCCAGAACCAUCGAUACAAAAUGAAGAGAGCCCGGGCGGAGAAAGGUAUGGAAGUGACCCAUCUCCCUUCUCCUAGGCGGGUGGCCGUGCCUGUGCUAGUCAGAGAUGGCAAACCCUGCCAUACGCUAAAAGCUCAGGACUUGGCAGCUACUUUUCAUGCUGGAAUUCCGUUCUCCGCGUAUAGCGCCCAGUCACUCCAGCACAUGCAAUUUAACGCGCAUUACAGCGCCGCCACCACGCCACAGUUCCCAACAGCACAUCACUUGGUGCAAACGCAACAGUGGACUUGGUGAACAAAUAUUGACUUGCAAAUGCAGGGUUGCAUUUUAAAGACCGUGGUAGGGAGCUUUCCAAACAAAAAUACAAGACUUUUAAUUUUUGCAGCUUGACCCCUUUCUCACCAAUUUAUUUUGGGGAUUGACGUGUGCGCCAUGUUUACAUGUUUUCGUUAAGAAAACCGGGUCAAGCCUCUCCCCAAAUUUAAGAAUGUUAAAGCUCUUGUGAAAUUUGGUAAAGUAUGUUUGUGUGUUGUAGAAAUGUUUUCCUUUUGUCCUUCGUGUUUUAAGCACGUGCAAAACCACUUUAUGAUUCUAGAAAAUUUUAUUUCUUUCUUUUACAAUGGACCGAAUAUAUUUAUGGCCAUGAAUAAACAUUGGCAAUCUUUAGCUUAUUAAAAUGGUUUGUUUUCUAUGUAAAUAUUUUGUGAUAACCGUUUGCAAUAUUAUGUUUGACCGUUCAGUAAGCUAUAGCCUAAAUAUUAUCCGAUAUUUAGGGAAAAUGGAACAUCAGUUGUAGAUAAAUAUCCCUCAUGUUAAUUUCGGUAACACCGCGCGCUGGCGAGGGAGAUCUACGAUUCUUUUUAUUAAGACUUUUAAUAAAAUGAUGUGUUUCAGAAAUUCC